GUAUUUCAGAUGUUAGUUUAAAACAGAACUUAGUUAAUAAACUGAUUAGUGAAUGUAAAAGAAAAGAUAAGGUGUCUGGUGAACUGUUAAAGAAGGGAAAAUUGAUGUCUUUAGAUAAUGAUGAUUACAUGCAUAGUGUAGGAGGUUUAAAUAUCAAUAAACAAGAAGAAGAAUAUUUAGAAACAAAGGCAACAGAUAAAGCCUUAAAUAUAGAAAAUGUUGACUAUUUGCUGCUGGCUAAACAAGUGGCAUUAGAAAAAGCAUAUGUAGUUAGAAUUGCUAAUCAAGAUGGGUGA